AUGGAGGUAGAGGGCGGUGCCCGGUACAAGGGCCAGUGGCGAGGGAACAUGAGGCAUGGUCAUGGCGUGCUUACGCGCGCGGACGGCCAUCGCUAUGAAGGUUCCUGGCUAGAGAAUCGCGCCCAUGGCCACGGUACCUUCACUGAGGCCUCAGGAACCUCCUACGAAGGUCAGUGGCACCAAGACCAGAAGCACGGCUACGGCAAGUAUGUUCACAUCGAUGGCACCACCUACGAGGGUGAGUGGCACGCUGAUGAGAAAAGCGGCCGAGGUAUUGAGACUUGGUCGGACGGUGCCCGAUACGAGGGCGAGUUCUUGCAUGGCAGCAAGCAUGGCAUCUUGGGUGACAUCUGA